AUGCUGCCUAGCAGGAAGAGACUUCAGCGGCCAGCCAGGCUGUCCUACUUACGCCAGAUGCGAGGGCGUCAUCCCGGCCUAGCCAUUGGAUUGUGGCUUUGUGAAAAAACAAAAACAAAACUACCGGAGUUGGAGCGUGAGCCCGGGAAGCACGAGGAGGCGGCUGCUGGUUCCGAUGCGGAGUUGCAGGAGACGCCGGUGUGGCUGAGCAACCAUGAAUACUCCCACCAGGUGCACAAAUGGCUUUGGCAGUCCUACUGCAGCUAUCUCACCUGGCACAGCGGCCUCGCCACCUUCCCCGCCUACUGCAACCCCCAGCUGCCCCCAACCCCCUACCAGCCGGCAGUGAGUGAGUAUGUUAUUCCAUCCUUGGCCCACAGAUUCAUUGCAGAGAUGGUGGAUUUCUUUAUUCUCUUCUUUAUAAAAGCAACCAUUGUCUUAAGCAUUACGCACCACAGUGGAAUAAAGUAA